CACAGAUCCAUUCGGCCUUCAAGCUGAAGCCGAAGCCAGUUCUAUGCCGAGUCUUCACGCUUCCGUGAGAGCAUUCGACCAAGUUUCCACACACCUCAAUUUCUGCGUGCUAACUACCCAUGCCGCACUGGAUUUGCGCUCGAUGUCACCGGAAAUUCGCUUUCGCUAGACGUCGCGGCUCUGCGCUCGCCUCUCUCAGCAAAGAAUACAGCGGAGGAAUUGUUCUUUUACCGUUUUAUUCAACUGCCGACGUCUUCCAUAUAUGGCGGCCUCGGAUCGAGCACCGUCACAGUAGAAGGUAAGGUUCUAGGCUAGCACCGAUCUCGAAUCAACUGUUCCUUGCAACCACUGUCACGAGGAUGCCGUACGCGCGCCACACACCCCCCAUUCCCAAACUGGAUACCUGGGGUAGGAGAACCUGGAGCAGGCUGGGAUUCUCACAUAGCAUGAUUGUUUAGCAUCUGUCUUUGAGGCAACGCUAUGAAGCAGCCGUCGUGGUGGGUAUACUCCGGAGCCACGGUCCCCGGCCAAGUCAAACAUCGUUUACCCAAAAACCCGUGCGAACAUCCCGGCUGCGGGCUUUCAGAGGCAAGUCUAGUUGAAACCAUGUACAACAUUUGAACAAUUUCUUUGGCCAGUUUCAUCCAGUCCACUUUGAUCCACGAAUCAUGCCUACUGCGGCACGAGCCAGCAGACAGAUCUGGCCCCAUCUUCAUCGUUCUGCAUGUUUAAGCCCACAGACUAUCGCGGAGAAACGAGCCCCUAGCAGGGUGUGCUUGGUAGUGCCAUGCGAAGCCAUGAUUCAAGAAUUAAGCUGAACGUCUGAGAUUCAAUCUUAUAUCUAACCAGCGAGAGUCUGCGGCGUUGCUUUUCUCCUCCUAAGCUUGCCAGGUCAAAAGGUUAGCCUUGUGAAGAUGCCGUUCGGAAUCAAGGACUGCAAGAAACUGGAGGUGGUGCCGGGCACCUCCUUCAUGAGCGAUCAGGAUGACCUGCCACCCGAGUACGCCGAAGUGCCUCGAGAACAGCUAAAGCACGGAAAGGGACGAUUUUCCAACAUCAUUCUCGUCCCACAGCCUUCAGAUUCGCCAAAUGAUCCACUGAACUGGCCUCAAUGGCAGAAGGAAAUGAUCCUGCUCAUUGUCGGCCUUUCCGCUGCUGUCGUGGGCGCCUUCGGACCGAUGCUGUCUCCAGGUUUCGUGGAAGUCUCGGCCCAGCUUAACAUCACUGUGGAAGUGCUGUCCCAGGCCACCGCAUGGCUGAUUCUUACCAUUGGCCUGGCGCUGUUCAUCCUAAACCCGCUAGCCAAGAUUUACGGAAAGAGGCCGAUUUAUAUCCUGGCCAUCUGCAUUAUGUUCGCCUGCAGCGUCUGGGGAGCUAAAGCCGACAACUAUAGCUCGUUCCUUGCAAGUCGAGUCAUUUCGGGCAUCGGCAUGGCCCCUUAUGAGGUCUUAGUGCAAUGCACGAUAGGAGAUCUCUACUUCGUGCAUGAACGUGCCACUCGAAUCGCUGUGUGGAACUUGUUCCUUCUCACCGGCAUUGCUGGCGGUGCUCUCGUCAGUGGUUAUAUCAUCGAAUACGACGGAUACAAGUGGACAUUUGGCGUCUGUGCCAUCUUUUUCGGCGUCCUCAUGAUCGGCGUCCUGUUCUUGGUUCCAGAAACAUCAUUUCGUCGCGAUGCCGUCGUCGUCAUUCCUGUCCCGGAUGCCACAACCAGCGAUGAGGAAAAGUCUGGAGCGCAGCAUGUCCAUAUGGCGCUCGCUCAUGAACACGAUUUGUCUCAGGCCCGCGGAGAGAAGGAUAAGCACCUGUCCUACUCCGCCACACGAGGUUCGACGGAGCCCAAAUUGACUUACUGGCAGUCGCUGCGGAUAUUUACUGGACGUUAUAGCUACGCCCCCAUUUACAAGAUCUUCACUCGCCCGGUCAUUUUGUUUUUCUACCCAGCAGUCUUAUGGGGCUUUUUGAUUUAUGGGACGACGCUUUCUUGGAUUGUCUGUUUCUCAGUGGUAAAUGGGGUGAUAUUCGUUGCACCUCCUUACAACUUUUCAGUGUCACAGGUGGGCCUUAUCAGUCUCUCGCCAUUUAUCUUGACGUUGCUCGGGGAGGUCAUUUCGGGUCCCCUGAACGACUGGAUUUGUGUCUACCUAACCAAGAAGAACAAGGGCAUUUACGAACCAGAGUUCCGCCUGGUGCUGAUUGUGGUUGUCAUUAUCCUCGGCACCGUGGGCUUUUUUGGAUUUGGGGCGACUGUCCAUUAUCAAACACAUUGGCUCGGCCCAGUCCUUACUUUCGGCUUCGCCAAUAUGAGUCUGGCAUUCGCAUCGACAUGUGUUUUCGGCUACGUGAUCGACUCUUACCCGAAAUUGAACGAGGAGGCAUUUGUGGCCAUCAACGCCCGCAACCUACUGACAUUUGGGCUGACCUAUUUUGUCAACAACUGGUUGGCGCAGGACGGGGCUCUCAAGGUCUUCUGCAUCCUGGGGGCACUGUUCCUCUUUGUGUGCUUCUUGACAUUCCCACUAUGGGUGUUCGGAAAGAAGAUUCGGUCGUGGACUGGGCGGAACGAGUGGCUGCAGCGGUUUAUGAACGAUGACUUUUAGGAUGGACAAAGCUGGCGGACCUUAUGGCAUCAGACAGAGGGCCCGGGAUCCGCAAUAAUAUAUGGAGAGCCCCAGAUCCGAGAGUAAAAGUGGAUAAAAUAAUGUGAUACAAGCUUGAAGGUGAUCUGAGCUGGACCAAGUGGUGCCAGACCAGACCAGACAUCGGAUCGGUUCCAUGUCGUGUAACUCAGCAGUUAUUUAUUUUUAUUGCCUCCAGUAGGUCAAGAUGGCUCCACCACUGUACUCGACCUCUGGGACAACUGU